UAUUAACUCAAAAUUUAUUUCAAUAUAUGUUUACUUAAAUAUUUUUUAUCAACAAAAAUGUUAAAUAAUUUAAUCUCAAAAACCUUGUGCGUUGGAAGCAUAAAAUUGUAAGCGCCAUGAAAAGGCAAAAACGCAAUUUAUUUAAAUUAUUUUAUGGUACAUAUUUCUUGAUUUUUACACAAUAAUAAAUAAAUCUCGGUUUAUAAAAAAUAUAUACAUUUUGUAUCCCGCAGCAAAAACAUGAAUUUAAAUUCUCUUCCAAACGACCAGUUCUUCCACCAGGUUUCAGUAUAGUUAAGUUUUUGUUUUUACACUUUUUAUUAUGUAAAUGAGCGCACAAAAUUAUUUAACAAACUAAAUAAAAUUCUAAUGUUCUACUUUUUUAUUAUUCUAAAAUUAAAUUUCCAGAAAAUCCACAAUUGCAGUUUAAAAAUAAUAAAAGGAAAUCUAAAUUUUUAUACUUUCAAAUUAUCUGAGGGAAUGCACUGGACUCGACAAUUGAAUAAUAAACAAUUGGCCGCUCGAUCAGUGCCAGAAUUGGAGAUGUCGCAUAUCACAAACAUGUUAUAUUCAAUAUUGAUAAAGUUCACAAAUUCUCGUGAUAUUUUACUGGCCAUGCAAAUAUUGGGACCCAAAGGUUAUUUUAAUCUAUGGUUACUAAAAGAAAUAAUAAUCAAUAAUUGCGUCUUUGACUAUGAUCUCUGCUGGACCCUCCCGCUUGGCGCUUGUUAAUUGAUUUUGUAUGAACGGCAUCGGAGGGCGGAUUGGUGAAAUAUGUAAUGCUUCUGUCCUUAAACUUUGCACAGUGAUAAUAACGAUCAGAAUUGAAUUUUCGUUCAAAAAUUAAAUAAUUUUACUGUGCAAAAAUAUGCACAAUCCAAAAUUUCUUAAUGUCAUUUUUGUAAUAUGUUCAUGAUAUUGAUGAUGGGAAUGUUUUGAUUAAUGUAAAGAAUAACCCUCAUUAUAAUAAUGCGAUCUUCUAAAAGAAUUUCAUUUUUUUUUUAAAGUAAUUUUGUCUGGAGAAUGCAGAAAGAAUCAUAGCGAAGGGCUUAAAUCUUAGGUAUUGAAGUGCACAUGAUUCAAACCACCGAAGUCCAAACAGCGCUAGAGGGUGCCAUCUGCAGCCAGCAAGCAGAGGCGCCAGCAGCAGUUGGGGGUGCAGCAGAGUGGAACGCGCAGGUGCAGCUAGGGGUGGCGACGACCCAUGCGAGCACCCCAGCAGUCGGGGGUGGCGAGCCGCGGUGCAAAAUGCAGCUGGCAUGAAGAGGGUGAUCAGCUUCGUCAAGGGCGGCGGCAAGGGCCGCAGCGGCGCCUCCGACGUGGUGCCCGUGCGCAACCUGAGCCUCGAGGGAGGCCUCGAUGACCCUCCGGGCUACGAGGUCGAGACCAAGACCCUGUCAAAGCUGCACCGAGCCGCUUGGCAGGGACAGCUGGACAAACUCAAAGGCCGCGCUGAGCAGCUGGACACGCCGGACAAAGGCGGACGCACCGCACUUCACCUGGCUGCCGCUCAGGGCCAUGCGGAGGUCGUCUGGUUCCUCAUCAGCAACCGAGCCAAGGUGAAUGUGCGAGACAACGAAGGGCGGACAGCGCUGCUGAAGGCGGUAGAAUGUCGGCGCCGCGAAUGCGCCCAACUGCUGCUGGAACGCGGCGCCGACGUGAACGUGCCCGACAACUACGGCACCACCUGUCUGCAUUUGGCCGCCACCCUGGGCGACGUUGACUUAGCGUCGGCCCUGCUGCGGAAGAGCGCGGCCCUGGAGGCGGGAAAUCGUGGCGGCGAGCGAGCCCUGCACGCGGCGAUUCGCGGCAACCACCGCGAGGUCGCCGACCUGCUGCUGCGCCACGGUGGCGACGCCAACUCGCGAGACGCUGAAGACCGCACGCCGCUCAUGGUCGCAUCCAAAGUGGGUAGCACGGCCCUGGUGGCGCUGCUGCUCGAGUAUGGCGCCGACGUCGGCGCCACCGACGCAAACGGCUGGACGGCCGAGGACUACGCGGUGAUGGCAGGACACCAGGCCGUCACUGUCGAACUGCAGCGCCGCGCUGAAGCGGCGCCAGCGCGACGCUUUGAGGAACGCCCAGUCGACGUUGUUGUUGGUGAGAAGACGAGCAAAUUCCUCCAGGAGCUUGAGAGCAUGCAGCACUACGACUGCGUACCUUUUGAGCCCGAGGUCGAUCAGCCUGAGCCGGAGGCUGAGGUGGCCGUCGAGUCGCCUGCCCAUGACAUCCCAGGGAUGCCUCCAUCGCUGAAGCCACCCAGGAGCUGGGAACUGAUCCAGGCGGGACUCACAGGACCUGUCACAAGUCUGAGGCCGCAGUCGCUGAGUCUCGCCAACUCGCCAUGGGACACGCCAGUUGGAACGCCUGGCGAGGCUCCGAACGGAUUUUUGUCCCUGACGAGACCAAAGGGCGACAAGAAAAAACCGAGGCCGACCAGUCUUCCGGUGACUCUGGUCGAGGCUCUGGAAAAGGCUCUGCCGGCCAAGAAAGAGGAGGAAAAAGAGCCAGAGGAGAAGGAGGCCGAGAGCAGCGACUGGGACAGCGAAGACGAGUUUGAGGAGGAGGAAGAGGAGAAGGGUGUGGACGAUGGAGCCACACUGGGGCGUGAGGGCACCAUGCAGGGAAGAGAGGAAAUCUGGCAGGCCAACGAAACGGUGGAAAAGAGCAGCGAUGAUGAGGAAGAGGAGGACGACGAUGAAGACGAAGAUGAAGAAAUUGAAGUGGAGGAAAAUACACAAGAAACUGAAGAGUUGCUGAAGAGAGAGGACAAGUCUGAGGAAAGUGAAGUUGAAAAGGAAGCUGUGGUGCGACGGAAGGAAGGUUGCAGGGCCAUCCUGCCCGAGUUCCCGACGCCCAUCAAGGUGCCCAACGUGCAGUUCACGGCCAGAGAGAUCAGUCUGGAGGACGAGCCGGUGGCGCCUCCGCGCAAGAAGAAGCAGCGGAAGCCGCGCGAGGACAGUUUCAACGAGGACGACGGCUUCACCAAGAGCGCGUACGCGCCUCUGAAGCGACGCUUGCGAGCCGUGGUCGCGGACAGGGCGCGCGUUGAGCAGAUGGCGGCGGCCCUCGAGGAGCAGAACCGCCGACUGCAGUACGAACUAGCCGACGCUCUGCACGCCGCACGCACGCAGCGCGACGUGGCCACCGAGCUGACGCGUCAGUUGUCCAAGACGCAGAAAGGACACGCGGCCGCUUUGGAAGAUAAACUCGAGCUGCAAAUCCGACUGCGGCAGGCGGACGCUGAACUCGAGUACAUCCGGCAACUGGAGCAGCCGCCAAAAGAGCUCAGUCGCGAGUUGACGGCCGAAAAGGAACGCGCCCGUCGCGGUGUCCUGACCAUCCGAAAGCUGAGGACUGAGGUCGGAGCGUUGCGAGCCAGAGUUCUAGCAGCCGAAAGACGCAACACAAACCGGGAACCGGACGCAGCUCUGAGGAAAAAGCUUGAGGAGUUGAGUUUGAAGGUGGAGGAGGAAAAGGCGCACCGGACAGCGCUGGAGGCGACCAUCCGGGAGCUGAAGGAGGGGGGCGCUGUGCUGACUCAGCUGGAAAAGUCGAGGCGCGCCUUUGAGGAAGAACGGGCGGCCAGACUGGCCCUGGAGCGCGACUCGGUGACCCGCGCUGAGCUAGACAAGGUGCGUCGCAGUUACGAGGUGGCUUUGGCGCGCGCUAAGCAAGAGGCAGAACUGGCGGCUCGCGAGCAGCUCUCGUCCAAACUUCGACGCGUCAACGCUUUCCUUGAGGAGCAACUGCAGCAGCAGUCGCGGCUCGAGAAAUUGCGCUGCACUUCCGAGUCACAGCUCCGAGAGGACUUCCAACAGACCAGAGGGAAACUGCUGAGUGAGCUGGCCAAAAUCCAGGCCACUUUAAAGUCGCGCGGAGAGUCGGUUCGGCUCGAAGAAGAGCAGGAAAAUAAAAGACGCACACCAAGUCCAGCUUCUAGCGAGGAAAGUCCCCGAGAAAACACAUACUACACAAAGGGCUACGUGCCUACUUUGCCGCUUCGACCAGCUGCACAAGUUUUGUCCCUUCUGGUCCCACCCUUGACGUCUCAAAAUCCACAUUUGGGCUUAAAUGUGUUGCGAAAAGAGCUGGAGAUCAGCAUUCGACAGGCCGCAGAGGAAGCUGAUAGAGCGAAUCCAAUCAUGAGCGAGGAAGAAGAAAUGGCGCAGUUAAAGCAAAAAUAUUUGCUUUAAUUUGCAACUGUAAAAAUUUUCUGUACGACUUGCAUUUAGCAAUUUAAUGUUUCUUCCGUGUUGCGCAAAAUAUUUUACAAUUAAUCUAGUCCAUUUUAGAUUGUUACUUAAAAACAAGUUUACGAAACCUGUAAUAAUUUAAAGUUCUGAUACAUGUUGAUGUAAAAACUUCUUCCAUUUCAUUGCCAAUUUAGAAUCUUGAAUUGAUAAAUUAUAUACUGCAAGAGAAAAAAUGUUAAAUAAAAAAAGCGUUGGCUUCCAUAUUAUCAUAAUUUGUGUAUAAUUACCACUU